AUGGGUUCAGGGAAGAGUCAUGUUUGCUCGAUUGGAACUAGUUUGAGUUUUGAAACAGUAAGUGUUUCUCGCGUACUUCAGCUCGAAAGACUACUUAGGCUCGUGAACCGGAUAUUUGGGGAAAGUAUAUCACAAAGCAAGAUUAUCUGCCGUAUUGGAAUAGAUUUAGGGGAUUAUCGCCGUAUAGAAUCUGAGUUGAUUAAGGAAGGUUCCAUACUACCGGUCAUCUUCAACUUAUCUGGAUUCCAAGUAAUCGAUUUGAGCUAUAACCAGCUAUCAGGUAGUAUACCAAGAGAUAUCAGAAAUUUAACAAUGCUGAGGAAAAUUUACUUUGAUCAUAAUAAUUUUAUAGUUUUAGAAAUUCCAAAUGAGAUUGGCGGUUUAAAUAAACAGGAGAUUUUGUUUGUGCAAUAUAAUGCCCUAGAAGGAAAUGUUCCAAUUUACACCACUAAGAUAUCUAUCCUUAGAGUCCAACCUGUUGAAUGCCACAAUACCAUCUACCUUCUGGGGACUUUCAAAUUUGUUAUUUCUAAACUUGUCAUCAAAUCAUCUAAGAGAUGUUAUAGCUAUAGAUUUAUCAACAACCACUUAUCUGGUAGUAUUCCUAGAACCAUUGGGAAUCUACAAACAUUGUCAAAUCUAUCCCUUGCUAAUAAUAAGAUUGAAGGCCUUAUUCCUACUUCGCUUGGCAAGUCGCUUAGCUUGGAAAUUUUGGACUUGUCCAAAAAUAAUUUGUCUGGAACGAUUCCAAAGUCACUUGAAUCACUCAAAUAUCUCCAAAUUUUGAACUUAUCUUUCAAUAUGCUCCAAGGAGAAAUCCCGAUGGGUGGACCUUUUCAAAACUUCUCUUUCCAAUCAUUUGUGUCGAGCAGAAAACUUUGUGGUGCACCUCUAUUACGUGUCCCAGCACGUAAGAAUAGUACAUGCACAUUCAAAAGAAAGAGCAUGGUUGUUGCAAGAGAAACUAUAUUGUCACCCCAACUUCCAUGGAGAAGAGUUUCACACCUUGAACUGGUUAGAGCAACAAAUGCAUUUGAUGAAAGCAACUUACUUGGCAGUGGUGGUUUUGGCUCUAUGUACAAAGGAACAUUUCCUAAUGGGAUAGAUGUGGCCAUAAAGAUUUUCAACUUAGAGGUCAAGGGGCUUUCAAGAGUUUUGAUAUUGAAGUAUGGAAUGGAAAGAAUAGUUACUAGAAGAGGGGAUGUGUAUAGUUUCGGUAUUGUAUUAAUGGAAACAUUCAUUGGAAAAAAGCCAACAAAUGAGAUGUUUGAUGGGCAAAUAAAUUUGAAGCAGUGGGUUGCAAAUUCCCCAUUACGUGAUGUUCUGGAUGCUAGCUUACAAGUGACAAAGGUUGAGAAUCAUGAUUUUGUGAAAAAUAACGAGUGUUUGUCAUCCAUAAUGAGAUUAGCUUUAGCAUGUUCAGCGGAAUCACUGGAAGAGAGCGAAUAUGCAAGAGGCCGUUUUUAA